UAGAAAAGUCAGUUUCGCAUCAAUGAAGUUAAAUUGUGCUCCAAUUGUUAAAAUUUCAGCAUUUUAAUUUUGAAAAAUAUUGAAUAUAUAGUUUAUAUAAGAAUUUAUUGCAUAAUGUGCAGGUUUAUACGUAAUAAUAUUGUGCAGUUAAUUGUAGAUCGAAAGAAGUGAAAAGAUAUGCAAAAGCAGAAACUUACAAUGCAAUAACUAUGCCAUUGCAUUGGUGUGAGAAAGAGAUGGGUCGAAUUGGCCAGUGAUGCAAGUGYGGCCAAUAAGUAUAAGAAAAAAGGAGUUGGUUCUAUGAGUGUCAGCUGGGUCUGUCAAAACGAAUGAAAACAGGAAAAUUUGCUUUUGUUUGUAGUUUGUCUUUAAUUCUUCCGCUGUCUACUUUAUGCAAAUUUUAUGAAAAACUGAAUUAAUGAUCGUGAGAAGAAGAAAAGAAAUCUAAUUGUGACAAAUUUAAAAGACUUUAGAUUAAAGGAAUCGUAGAAAAAAUUAAAAUAACCAGUAAAUUUUUGACCGUAUAAACAUGAAAAUAUGUAUGAAAAAAAAUAGUUGCAAAGACAUUCCAGCAAUUGAAAAAAGAACAGUGAAGAGAGCGUUCUGAUAAAUAGGGGAAGUGAUAGAUAAAGAAACGCGAAAAAAGGAAAACCGAUGAAAAUGAAUUGAAUAGUAAUGGGAUACAAAGGAAAAACGAAAUCAAAGAACGGGAACGAAUAAACGACGCACGACUUUAUCCAUCCACCACUAUACACGGGUAGGAAGAAAAGUGAUGCGAUAAAUCUGAGAUCUAUAGAAGAAAUGUGCUUCAGAGGCUAUAGAAAAAUUGCAGAAAAAACGAAACGCAACAAUUUUGAAUAUAAACUCGAGUUAAUCUCGAUUCAAAGGAAUUGUAAKCCUCAUAUUUGUGAACAAAAGUUGGCUUUUCAAUGGUCAAAAUGAGUCCACAGGUCAGAUCUCGUUGUACCGGAGAAAUAAUCGGAUAAGCUCCUCAUCCACCCAUAUUUGCUAAGAGUAUGAGAACUACCUUAUUGGGUACAUCAAUAACUUAUCGCCCAACAACACCUCAACAAUAUAAAAUCUCAUUGAAUAUGGAAUCGCAUUUACCUUCUGUACGGCAGAAAAUAAAUGCUGAUCCUAUGGCAGAAAAAACGGAACACGUUAAUCUACUAAGUGAGGAGGAGGAAAAGGAUCCCCUAGCAUUAGAUACUGCUAUCGAACAACAGAGCUCGCGAAGUAAGCUAUCAAGUAGCGCAAAGCACAGCCACAGUUUACGACGUCAUGUUCCUCGUAUCAUUGUUAAACCCAUACCACCAGAGAAAAAGGUUACAGUUACAGCGACAACAACGUUGAGCAGCAACGUUGCAACGUCCACAGCAACUGCAACUGCGAAUACUGUGAUUAAUGCUACCGGUGGAAAGAACACAACACCUAGCCCUUCAAGUCGUGCCAGUAGUAGUCGACGUGCACAACAGCAAGCUAAAGCAGCAGCAGCGGCUGCUGCGGCCGCUGCGACUGCCACCGCUACAGGAUCCGCAGCUAUAAUUACGCCCGUAACAGCCAUUACACAAGCGUCCACUAUGCGAGAGGUGUUAGCAUCUAUACCAGGGUUCAGUCUGAAACCUCGUAGACGGUCUUCCAAGAAAAUCUCCACUGCUGCACAAAUCGAGCAAACAAAGGAUGGAAAAAUUGACCUCGAAACACCCGACUCAAUAUUAGCUUCGACCAAUUUGAGAGACUUACUCAAUAAACAGACCUUUUCUAUGCUGCCACCUUUAUAUCAGUAUAACCUCAUACAGUUGUUACCAAGCGUAGAUCGCGAGGCUAUCGAAAUAGAACGCAAGAACAAUGCCGAUUCCACCGUAACCAUGGAAGCUAUAAAAUUGGGACCAUCCAGCUUAAACAAUGAGUUCUUUUCACGUGCCUGCUUGGAGUGGCGUGAACGACUAGCGGAAGGUGAAUUCACGCCCGAAAAUCAAAUGAAAAUGAAAACCGAAGCCGAGAGAGAAAAAAAUAAAUUGGAUCCCUGGAAACUGAAGCAUUUUGAACCGAUAUGGGGUGAAAAAUCCUACAAUCGCGCCAGUAGUACUAGUAGCAAUAGCAGCAAUAUAAGUUAUAGUAGUGGAAAAAGCAGUGAUAGUUAUACUAAUCUAAUAGAUGAGCGGCUAGAAUUCAAAUUGGAGAGUAAAGGUGGCCUGGUUGCCACAAUUGUGAAGACAUCUACGAAAUCAGCAGCGGCAACAGCGUCAACAGUAACGUCGUUAGCGGCGACAACGUCAGCAACUUCUACAACGACAACAACAGUGACAUCAGCAACAAGUGCUGACAGUACAGAGAACACAACAUCAUCAUCUGUAGACAUUAAAGAGGAAGGCGAAGAAUUUAUUGASGAAUCGAUUGCCAGCACGAAUGUGAAUUCAAUAAAAAGUGAGCAGGAACUACAACUUGACGAGUUGAGACAGCAAGAACAAACAGGAUCAUCUACAACCGAUUAUGAAAAACAGACUGAUAUAAAUUGCGAUGUGGAUAAUAUUGGCUGCACGGAUUCAUCGUCAACCUUUGAUUUAUUGCGUAGCGAUUCUAGUGGCAUACAAACCGAAACGCCCGUCGGAGAGUCUAAAAUAUCUUUAGCAAUUGCUGCUUUGGAACAUGAAAGACAGCUGAUCGAGUGUGGGAGCAGCGGCAAUAUACGAAAACGUUCAGAGUCUGAAAUAACGUAUGAAAAUCUUACACAAAGUAAGCAAAUGAAAAUGGAACACCAAACAAAACAGCAACUCCAGCAACAACCUGAAUAUGAUAUAACUGACGCAGCGACCAGUAUAGAACAAGAAGUUAGUCAUGCCAUUAAAGACGAGCUUAAAGAGACACUUUCGCCAUCCGUGUCAUCAGCUACUUCCAGCUCACAGGAAUUGAGUGGUAGUAAUAGCUUGACCACCAGUUCAUCCGCAACAAAAAUGCCCACCAACGAUAGUUUUUUGUAUAACAGCAAUUUCUACAACACAGAAUUCGAGCAGCAAACCAAUGCCGCGUUACUGCUUAAGGAAACAUUGAUGUCCACAGUCGGAAGUGAAAAGACUGCGRCUGGUAAUAAUAUAACCGAUAUUAGCAUAAAAGCGCCGAAUUUCCUACAAAACCCAGAGACAUCGUUUGCAGCAGCUAUUACGUCUGUGGCAAAUAGUACCUGUAACAGUAUUGCAACACUUUUGUCGGGCACUUCAACGUUUGUGAAUGUGAAUGCGUUAUUACCGGCAGUGUCACCAGCGCCRAGCCUUACCAGCGGUAUAACAUUGCAAUCAUUCCCAACGCAAGGCGGACAAUUGCAUGGGUGUUCAAUAAUUUCAAUAGAAGAUGGGGAGGACGAUGAUGAAGAGCUCAUCGAACAAAAGUUCGCUGAUGCACAAAAUUAUGUUUUAGAAUCUGGCGAAGUUAGUACAGACAGCAGUGCAGGUACAAACAGUGCUUUACUUACGCCCGGUGAUGUCGCUAAUAUAAAGGAGAAAAAAUUCAUUUUCUGUGAUUCUGUUGAUCAAGGCACAACAACUCAAGCUUCUGACAAUCUCUUUGAAAAUAAGCAAGAUAUUGGCAGUUGUAUUUCAUCAGUAGCCACAUCAUCGGCCUCCUCGUCCUCUUCCUCCUCAAUGACUUCAGCACCGACGACUAGUGGUGAUGUGAUGUAUGCAGCAGCGGCGCAACUGCCACUUGCCGCUCCGCUAACACUCGAACAAAAGCAACAACAACAACAACAGCAAAUCAUACUGUCUUUGGCCGAGAAAAGUGGCGAGGAUUUGUUCCAUCACGUGCAACACGAUUGGAACUUCGGCGGCAUAAAAUUACAACAGUCCGCAGAUGCAACAUCGAGCAGUUUUAACGGUGUGAUACAAACGCAUCAAGGCGUUAUAAAAGUGAAAAAUAUGAAUACGUUAUCAGUGGAAGAUGCACCUAUGCCAAGCGUGGAUGUAACUCAAGAUGACGAAGUCGUCGAGUGUAUGGCUGUUCAUGGUGAAGAAGAUACGAUUGCAGCUCAAGCGGCAAUAGUUAAUUGUCGUGCUGUGGGUGUAAUCGGGAAAGGUGUUGAACAUGGCGAAGUUGAUGGUGAUAUGCGGACGGAGGAUGCGGAAGAUGAUGACGAAGUGGAAGAAGAGGAUGAGGACGACGAUGAUGAUGACGCUGAUGAUAAUGAUGCUGUACGUGAUAUAGUUGACGAAUUGCAACAACAACAUAGACAACUGCUUAAAGAUCAGCAACAGCAGCAGCAGCAACAACAACAACAAUUAGAGGAACAACAAGAAUUGCGUGAACCUGAAAAUCAAGAACAUCGUGGCCAUUUAACCUACGAACAUUCCGACUAUGAGUUGGAUUCGGAUAUGAUUUGCGAUGUUCGAAUGUCAGCUAACGAAAUGGAAGUCUCCAGCACUGUUAUAACCAACAGCAAUUCCGACGAUAGCGUUAACGAAUUGCAUAUGGGUGGUAGUGGCAACAGUCGGCUGGAUGGUAAUAGUGUUGGCAAUGUGACCAUACAAUUAAGCGCUCACUCGCCGGCGACCAUCGGUCAUUUACACCAGCAGCAGCAACAGCAAGCGCAGCACCCGCAAUCACAACAGCCAACAACAGAGAGACAAAACACGCCACAGCGGCAAAUUCUUCUCGAUACGAAUGGACAAAUUAUAGGGAACUUCCUUGUACAACAUCAACAACAGCAGCAGCAACAACACCUCGAACAUCAACAGCAACUAUUGCAUCAUGCCACGCAACAGUUUACGUUUCAGGCAGCACAGCCACAACAACAGCAGCAACAACAGCAAACACCAACUAUAGCGCUAACGACACAGCAGCAGCAACAACAACAUGCACAAAAAUCGCAUCAUACCUUGUCGACAAUACGAAAAGCGAUCGAGUUGAGCACAAAUGGCCAACACUAUCUGUCACCGGGUGGUAUAACGUCUCAACAGCAUAUCGGCCAACAAUUAGUGCUGCAGCAACAAGCGCCACAGCAAAGACACUUUUUGACACAGCCCCAAGUUCCUACGGUGUCGGCAGCAACUAAUUGCAAUAUGGUGACUGCUAGCCCGAAUCAACAUCAGCAGCAGCAGCAGCAACAUCAAAUACAUGUGCAACAACAGUUGCAGCGCUUCCAGCACCAACAGCAGCAGCAACAACAACAACAACCACCUCCGCCUAUGCCUGCCUUUCAAUCAUUAGCCGCACAAGCGCAGGCCAAUCCAACAAAAUAUAUUUCGAAGCCAAUGAAUCUUAUAACAAUGUCUCGUAGCACAAAUGCGGCAACGGUUGCCGGUGCAAAUGCAAGCAUCGCCUCUGUAGCCAUACCGCCUGGGUCAGCUGUCAGUACGUAUCCGCCUUUUAGCAGCGCCAUCGCGAACUCAGCACGCAACACAGCGGAACUGAUUGUAAACUCUACGCCCAAUAUUAGUAAUGUCAGCACAUCGAAUGUCGGCGUUGCAAAUACAAAUGCCAUAAAAGGCCUAACAUCUGCUGGCAUACCAACCACAAUUGCACAGCAACGACCAGCGAGUAAAUUACCAACCGGCGGUAAAGGUCGUAAAACCGUAAAUAAACUGCCACCAGGAGCGGUCAAUUUAGAACGCAGCUAUCAAAUUUGUCAAGCCGUUAUACAAAACAGUCCAAAUCGUGAGAACUUAAAAGCCCAAUUACGACCGCCAUCAGCUAUAUUAAAUCAGCAUCAACAACAACCGCAGCAACAACAACAGCAACAGUUGGCACAGAGUAAUAUAGCAACGACAAUGACGCUACAGGGCACUGUACCAGCAUCAUCGGUGGCUGCGUCAACGGCCGCUAUAUCGGUGGCCACCUCGUCUCCAGCUGCAACCUGCGGUUCGUCAUCCCAAAAUUUUAUCAAACAAGAUGACCUAACAAGCAUUCCUGCAAAUAUAAUGGGCGUUGGGCGUCCUGGCGUAUAUAAGGUAAUUGGGCCACGUAUGGGAUUUCCACGUAAAAAGUAUGUUCAAAGAAAACCUUCGCCCACCCUUAUAAGGCAUCUUUUCACACCACAAACGGCYAACGCGCUACACACCAACGUAACGGCAAAUCCACGCUUGCAACAACAAUUAACAGCAGCAGCUGCCGUGCAACAACAACAGCAGCCACAUGAUUUACAUCAAAAUAGUAAUGGCGGUGGACAAUAUGUGUUGGUGCAUCGAGCGAAUGUCGGAGCAGCGGAUAAUCAGGCACCAAGAGCAUCUAGCGCACCUCCUGUACCACAAACAACACAGAGUCAACUGCACAAUAUGAAUGGAAUACCGAUAACAGGACGCGGGCGUCCUGCCUCCGUCGAUAUUGACGCUUCAAAUGCAAUGCUUGACCACAAUCUGCACAAUCAAUUGCAUCAUCAUCAACAACAAAUAAAUGCUAUCAAAACAACUGCAGCGACUGGUAUAAUGCGACGAAAUUUCACGGCAGGCAAUAUAACCUAUAUAGACAAUUUGAGUGGAGCAGGAGCAGCUAUUGCCGAUGGUAAUUACAUAGUGACUGCAACCAAUGCUGGCACACUGGAUGCUGAACUAAGCAAAGCCGUUGUUGUGGCCGCCGCAGCAGCUGGUAACGGUAGUGGUGGUGGUGCGGCAGGCGCUGGCAGCGGCGGCAGUGGGCAUAUCACACGUACUGAAGCGGAUAAUUGUGCCUGUUCUUUGAAUGCAAUGGUUAUUUGUCAGCAAUGUGGCGCAUUCUGCCAUGACGAUUGUAUGAGCGCGUCGAAGGUGUGCGUCUCCUGUGUGAUCAGAUGAGAUAAUGAAGUCUCUAUAAUAACCUUUUAGGCCUUGCGCACAUGUAGUGGAAGUAUUUGUGGUUCUGCACUAAAUAAAAUACAACAAUAGUUAUACAUAUAUAUAGACAUAUAUAUAUAUAUAUUAAUACUUGAUUAGAUAUACCUAAUUACAUAUACAUAGAUAUAUUUACACCAAUAUAUCAACUAAAACACGAAUUCUGAAUUCUGCAAAACAAAAACAAACCCAACCAAAAUAAUACAAAAACAAAAAUUMACAGCUGGUAAAUGCAUAAAUAUCUAAAUAUACAAAAACAGAAAUAAGUUCUGCUAUAGAAAAUGCUUUAUGCAAUUAUACAUACAAGCCGAACUAUGAGAAUCGCUGCCGUUCAGUUUGAACAAGCGUUGUGAUUUUUUAUAUAUUAUAGCGCAAAGUAGUAUGCGGAGAAGAAGAUGUAUGUUUUAGAAAGUUUUAAUAUUUCAUUUUUUUUUUCUUUUUAAUAAGACUUUUUGUCUUUAUAAACACACCGUUUAAAUUAACAAAAGCAAUGUUUAUUUCUGUCCCUACUUUCGCUAUAAUAUGCAAGAAAUUGUAACGAAUUCAAGUUUUGCCUUUAAUGCUGAGACGAUAGUUACAUCAAUUUCACUAUAAUUAUUAUUUUUUGUUUGGUAUAUAUGUAUUUAAMACGCGUAUUUCAUAAAAUCCACUUCCAAAGCGUUAAAUAUCUUAGUAAAAAGUUUUUCAAAGAAAAUUAACUUAAAAAUUUACUGUACAAACCACAAGAUUCAUUGUUGCAGUAUCAAGUAUCAUGAAACGCUAAUUUAACAAUACAUAUUGGUAUACAAUUAGACGCAACACAAUUUAAGAUAAUUAAGUGAACUUUUGUGAGAAUUUUUGCAUAAUUUGAUUGUGAGAUCCUUGGAAAGACUUCAAAAUAUUAUAUAUAAACAUAAAUAUAUAUAUAUACCUAUAAAUACAAUUAAUAUAGUACUACUAUUUUUUUAUUGCAUACCAUACAAGUUUUUAAUGAGAAGCCCAGUUUCAUUCACUACUUAUUUUAGACAUAUUUUUAAUAUUUUUGUUAUCAUACACAAUAAUGAGGUUUAAGGUCGCUAAAUAUACAUAUGUACAUAAAAACAGCGAGUGUAUAAUUAAAAGUAGAAAUUUUUCACACAUCCUACAUACAUACACACACUUGCCCAACGCGAAAUUCUCACCAUCAAUAUAUUUAUUCUCAUUGAAUACUUCUAAAUAUGCAUAAUAUCGCGGGUGUGUUUUUUACAAAAAUAUUUAUGUAUGUAUCUUGAAAUUACAAAAAUUUCGAAAAUUGUUUUCAUCUUUUCGUUAUAGUUUGUAUUACUUAUUACUAAUUAAUUGCAGUAAGCGUUAUGUAUAUGUAACCUGUAAGUAAAUUAUGUAUGUAUAUUUUUCAAUAAACAUACAUAAAUAAAUGAGGAAU